AUGUCUGCGACGGCGACUAUCAGUCCGCCAGCUCGUGAACUCAGGACUUCUGCAAUAUGUGGAUAUUUGCAUCGGAUCGAAGUUCGUUCGAUUGGUUUGAUAACUCGUCGUCGCUACUGGUUCGCUCUCUGUGACUCGACUCCUUACCUCUAUUGGUACAAAGAUUCAGAUGACAUCAAAUGCAUUGGAAGGGUCUCAUUGAGUGGUGCAGCAUUCACAUAUGAUCCCAAAGAAAAAGGACGAUUUGAAAUUCACUCCAACAACGAAGUUAUUGUGUUAGAAUGUAGUUCGGACAAGCAACGGAAUGAAUGGAUGAGGGCUCUUCAAAGUACAAGAAAAAGAAGUUGGAAAACAACAAAAUCGCAAUCAGAUUCAAGUCUAGAUAUAUCUUCGUUGACUGGCAGAAACUCUUCGGCUGUUCUCGAAGAAUACUCGUCUCCGUCUCCGGUCCCUCCACCUAGAAGUCCAAAACCAAAGAAGAGAACUCAGUUUGCAACCGAAAAUCUGUCAGAAUCAGCAGAAAGUUUGAAUAGUUCGGAGAAUACUCAAAGUAUGACUGAAGAACUUUGUGAGGUGACAGAAGAGGUUGAAGAACCACCAACACCAACAGAGGAAUCUUCGACUGAGUGGUAUUUGAAUCCCAACGGACAAUUGAAUGAGAGAUCUCUUCAAAUGCCAAAAACGAUAGAAAGUCCAGAAAGUGUGCUUAAACGACUAGCUGAUCAUAGCAUUGAAGCUCCGUUUCGUGCGAUACGAAGAAAUCUUUCGAGUUGGAGAGGCAGUCGUCAGAAUACGGUAGAUGAACCAGUAGUUGGUAGUCGGAAAGGAACAGUGUCUUCAGUGGAUCUUUCACCAGAAGAAAAAGUUAUUGAACUGUCAGACAAGGUUUCAAGUCUCGAAGAAGUCGUCGAUUCGCUUAGAGCAGCUUUAUUGCUUGCCCAGAGGAAUAAUGAAGCAUUAAAGAAAAUAGAGGAUAUGGGGGAGAAUAACGAGGAGAUGCGUGAGUAUCUUCUCGAAAAAGAGCGUCAAGUCACCGAACUUCACAUUUCGAACAGUAUGAAUGCGCGCCGUGUACGGGAUCUUGAAGAUCAAAAUUUGAAGUUAGAAGAUACGAUAAAUGAUCUACAACAAUCCGUGGAAGCAUUCCGAGAAUCACUUCGAACUAAAGAAGAACUGAUACUUCGAAUGUGUGAAGAGGACCAUCGGGAAGAUCUUUUGGGAUCAAUUUCUGAAAGAAGUUUGAAUGUAUCGACUGAUGCGAAUGGUAUUGUAUCUGAUGUUGAAGUUCCUGAAGGAAUUCUUGUUGACGUGUCAUCGGUGGAUUGUGAAGAAGCCACUCGCAGAGUUCUGGACGAAGAAAAUGUUCGUGAUAUCGGUGAACUCCAGGAUCUCGUGGAUGGUUACCGUACCCAGAAUCAAUUCUUGAAUGCUGAAAUUGUUGAAUUACAUGCUAUCAUUCAGUCUUUAGAAACUCGCGAAAAGAAGCUGAUUCGGCAGAAUUUCGAUCUUGAAGCUUGUUACUAUCAGCUGAAGAGUAGAUAUCUGAUGGUGUUGAACCAUUUCAAGUCCCCAACGAAACCUGGUAAAAUAAUGGAACCUGGCGUUCUAAAAGAACUUCUGGAAGAAUCCGCCCGGACACCUCGUGAAUCGCAACAAAAUUUGACUGAUCAACUUGGUUUUUAUAACAAAGACGAGUUCUCUACAAGCGAUGAUCUACUGGAUACUGCGUCAUUCUAUAUGAAGAAAGCCGGAGAUAUUGUGGAAGCAACGAAACUGGAACAAUCGGAAGAAUACAUGAAAUGGCUGCAAUCUUGGGAUUCGUUCCUUGUGAACAAUACAGUUUCUCGUCCCGUCGGAAUCAUGUCAUCACCAGAUCUGAAGACUUUGAUUCGGACUGGAGUUCCGCCAGCAUAUAGAGGGCGUGUAUGGAAAAGUAUUGUGACUCAUUGGGUGAAAGAUAAGCAAGCAGAGCUAGGCAACGGAUAUUAUCAGAGUAUGCUGAAGAAAGCUGGAACAAAAAAACAAGAUGGAAGUUACGACGCUGCAAUAAAACAGAUCGACUUGGAUCUUGCUCGUACACUUCCAACGAAUAAGCUAUUCGAUGAACCGGAUUCUGCGAACAUUGAAAAGCUACGAAACGUUCUUUACGCCUUCAGAUACCAUAAUUCGCACGUCGGUUACUGUCAAGGACUCAAUCGUCUUGCAGCAAUAGCCCUUCUUUAUUUAGAUGAACAAGAUGCAUUUUGGUUUUUAGUGGCGUGUGUUGAACAUCUUCAACCUGAAGGAUACUACACAAGUUCGUUGAUAGGAGCAGUUGCCGAUCAGAAAGUUUUGCGAGAUUUGGUGGCUGAGAAACUUCCGAAGUUAGCUGCCCAUUUGAGAUCACUGGAAGUCGAUUUAUCACUUUUCGCUCUUUGCUGGUUCUUGACGUGUUUCGUAGACGUUUUGCCACAUUCGAUAUACUUGACAAUAUUCGACGCAUUCCUCUACGAAGGAAACAAAGUUCUGUUUCGAUUCGCUCUGGCAUUACUGAAAAUUUGUGAGCCGCACGUUCUUCAGUGUAAAACUAUUGGAACAGUUCAUCAAUGUCUCAGCAAAGCACAAGACCACAUAACUGAUUUCAAAUCACUGGCUCAAGUUGCAUUCAACGAGAUGAACCCGUUCCCACAGAAAGCGAUUGAAACGAAGAGACAGUUGUACGUGACGCAGUUGAAAGACUCUGGUCAUUGCAUGUAA